GAUUUAUUAUCGAUUUGAUUUUUCUAACGAAAAUUAUUAAAUAUUUUUAAUGGCCAAUUUUAUUUCUUCAUUUUUGAAUUAAGGAUCAAGGAUGAAGAUGCUAAGGUGACGCAGAAAUUGUUUGAUUAAUCUUGAUAAGGAAAGUAUAUUAGAUCAUCUCGUCGAUUGAUAGUUAGUCAACUCUAAUUCAAACAGAACAGUGAAGAUAGAUUUCGAUAAAAUCCAAUGGAAUAUUAAAAAAAAAGUUUUAUCGAGGAUGUUAUCGAUUAUUAACUAUAUAACUUACUGUUAAAUAUUGAUUGAUUGAAUUUAUAAUUAAUCCAAGUUACGUUUAUUUAAUAAAUUGUGGGAUAUUUUGAACAAAGAAAAAAGUGAAAAGUGAUUUAUUUUAAGUUACAUUUUGGAAAUUGUGAUUUUUGAAUUAUUGUGAACUUUAGUAUCAACAAAUCGUUUGGUGACACCGAAAUGAAAAACCAUAAGAGUUCGAGCAAUUCCAUAGGGCCAACUGAAAUAACCCGAUUGAGGCCAAAGUUGGAGAACUUUGACGACGUUUUGCCACACGUCGGAGAUUAUGGAAGAUACCAAUGGUUAUUGUUAUUGUCGUUGUUACCUUAUGGUAUGACAUAUGCGUUCCUUUAUUUCUCACAAUUUUUUAUUACAAUCACCCCCACGGAACAUUGGUGCAGAAUAGACGAAUUAACAAACUUUACUCAAGAAGAGAAGAUUCAAAUAGCGAUUCCAGUAACGAAUGAAUAUCCUUAUUACGAUCAGUGUUACCGGAAGGAUCUAGACUUCAAGGAAAUCCUGAAAAGCAGCAAAGAUCCACGUUCAUCAGAGUUUCAAACAAAUAGAACAGUGGAAUGUACUCAAUGGGAAUACAAUUUCACGCAGAUUCCAUAUUCUAGCAUAGGAACUGAGCUAGAUUGGGUAUGCAACCGUGAAUAUCUCAUAUCAACGGCGCAGGCCAUAUUUUUCUGCGGAUCUAUCGUCGGUGGUUUUCUAGUCGGUUGGAUUGCGGAUCACAAGGGUCGAAUCCCCGCGUUGAUGUUCUGCAACAGCAUAGCCCUUCUCAGUUCCAUCGCCACUGCCAGCGCGAACAGUUUUUGGUCAUUCGCCAUCUGCAGAUUCCUCACUGGACUCGCAUUUGAUAAUUGUAUCAACAUUCCUUUGAUUAUCGUGCUUGAAUAUAUGGCGGUCUCGAAACGAACGUUAGUAGUGAACAUUGCUUUUGGUGUACAUUUCGCAAUUGCUAGCACUAUUUUACCAUGGAUGGCUUAUUAUAUCUCCAAUUGGAGGUAUUUCACUUACGUCACUGCUAUACCACUUUUAUCAGUUAUCAUUACACCAUGGAUCCUUCCCGAGAGUGCCCGGUGGUAUGUUUCCAAUGGGAUGACGGAUAAAGUUGUCGAAAAACUUCGAAGAAUAGCAAAGAUCAAUCAUAGAAAUCCAGAUCCUCGUAUUUACGAUGCAUUCGUUAGUAAUCUGGAAGCUUCAGACAAGAUACAAGAAACAGCAACGGUAUUAGAUCUCUUCAAAACACCUCGUCUGGCAAGAAACACCAUUCUCCUAAUCUUAUUUUGGUGUCUCACUGUAAUCUCAUUCGAUGGCCACGUGUAUUCAUUAAAACUUAUUCAGAGCUCGGUAUUUGUGUCAUUCUCGGUUGCCUGUUCCACAGAACUUCCAGCUGGAUUAUUACUCACCCUGUUGCUGGACCGAUGGGGACGUAGAUUUUGUGGAUUUCUUACAUUGGCAUUGACAUGUUUGCUCAGUAUUGCAGAAUUGAUGCUGCAUUCUAUGAUCGCUAAGUUAGUUAUGUCAGUUUUAUCACGAUUUUGCUUAAACAUGGCAGCUAAUGUUGGUCUUCAGUACGCAGCAGAACUUUUGCCAACACCUGUCAGGUCACAAGGUGUAUCUCUUAUUCAUAUAUUUGGAAUAGUGGCGCAUUCUUUGGCACCAUAUAUCAUUGAUUCGGCUAAAAUUUGGGAAGGAUUUCCAAUGCUGAUAAUCAGUAUGGUAUCCUGCUUGGGUGCUGCAUUUGUUUUGUUUCUCCCAGAAACUGUAGGACAGAAUCUUCCUCAGACCAUUAAACAAGGGGAAGAAUUCGGAAAGGAACAACGUUUUUGGAAUUUACCUUGUUACCAGAAAUCACAUUUUAAUUUCUAAUAAAAAUUCAGCCAAAAAAUGCGCAAGAAAAAUUAAGAAAAAUUGUGUUUCAUAGCCGAAGUAAUACUAUUGGAAGAUUAAUCUGACGAUUUUUGUAUUACUUCAUUAAUUACUAUUUUUUUAUCAUUUAAGCAGUUACAAAUCUUAAUUAUAAAUUCUGCCUUAUGUGAUAAAAGACGCAAGAACGAAUCUAGUUGUUCCUAUAUAUAAUUUUUAUUACUAUAUUUUAUAAUUUUAAUACUAUGUAACUUACAUUUGAGAUAUACAUUAAUUGGUAAUUGGUGCUAAUUUGAUAAUUAAAAAUAUUAAAUCUUUAUUUUUUCUUUUUUACUUUCUUUUAUUUAAAUAUACUCAAAAUUUUUUUCUCA